AUGCUCACCACCACCACCCCCACUCACGGGGCUCACGCCGCUCGACUGGCGCGUGCUGCCCUUCUCCGCGGCGCCCCCAUGGGCCUCCGGGGCUAUUCGCCACCAGCAGCGCUCGACGCCGAGCCGACCCCUGCUCUCCCACACCGACACCACCCCACUCUCCGCACCCCGGCAUCGAGCCCCGCACUGAGGGAAGCGGGGCCGAGUCGGCAUGUGCACUCACACGACAUGGUACCUAGUGUGUCGCUCAGCCGCACGCCAGUGACUUGGGAGACUGUCGCCGAGGGCAAACGCGCUGUGCGGGACGCCCGCAUCCCAACCGCCUGGCAGCUGCCCAACAAUCCCCUCCCGCCCUUGAACGUGAUGGAUGUCCCAGCCACGAGCGGUAUCCUGACCGACCUCGAGAUCAAGAUCACCGAGACGCCGGCGCCGCAGCUCGUGGACCUGAUGGUCGACCACACGUACACGUCCGAACAGGUCGUCACGGCCUUUUGCAAGCGCGCGGCCAUCGCACAGCAGCUCACCAACUGCCUGACCGAGAUCUUCUUUGCGCAGGCGUUGACGGACGCGCGCGCCCUGGACGCACAUUAUGCAAAGACAAACGAGCCGGCCGGUCCACUGCACGGCCUCCCCGUGUCCAUCAAGGACAACUUCAACCUGCCCGGCAUCGACACGUCGAACGGCUUUGUCAACUAUUGCCAUAUGCCAAUGACGCACGCAGACGAGGCGGACAUUGCGCGCUCGAUGCGCCAGGCAGGCGCGAUCCUGUACUGCAAGACCAACGUCCCCACGGGCAUCCUCAUGGGCGAGACAUACAACAACGUCUGGGGCUACACGUCCAAUCCGUACAACACGGACAUGACUGCUGGCGGCUCGAGCGGCGGCGAAGCGUCGCUGCUCGCCCUGCGCGGCAGUCCGCUCGGCGUCGGCACGGACAUUGGCGGCUCGAUCCGCAUGCCUGCGGGCAUCUGCGGCGUGUACGGCCUCAAGCCUGCCGGCGGCCGCUUCCCAGUCAUUGGCAUCCGACCAGCCCUCCCUGGCCAAGAGACGAUCAAGGCCACCGUCGGCCCCAUGUCCCAGGACCUCGAGUCGCUCGCGCUCUGGUGCAAGGUCGUGCUCGGGAGCAAGCCGUGGGAGCGUGACCCCACCGUCUUCAACCUGCCGUGGAGGGAGGCCGAGGUGCCCGAAAAGCUCUGUUUCGGGAUGGUCGUGGACGAUGGGAUGGUUCGACCGACGCCAGCGGUGGCCCGUGUGCUGCGCGAGACGCGCGAGGCCAUCGAGGCCGCAGGUCACCGCGUCGUCGAGUGGAGCCCGCCAGACCCUCGCACCGGCAUUGCGCUUCUGAAGCGCUUCCUGAUCGCCGACGGAGGCGUGCGUAUCGGUCGGGUACUCAAGAGCGACAUCCACGAGCCAUGGCCGCUCCAGCUGCGCCGCUUUGAGCAGCACUACAAGCGGCUGCGCGACGGGGGUGCGCCGCCGACCGUGUCGGGCCUGUGGGACAUGCAGGCAGAGAAGCAGCGAUACCUCCGUCGCAUGCUCGAGGCAUGGACAGCCACGCGCGAAUUGACCGACACUGGCCGCCCGUUCGAUGCCAUCAUCUCGCCAGUGUGCGCGUUCCCCUCUGCCCCGCGGUACUCGUUCCGCCACGCCGGAUACUCGGGUAUCUGGAACAUGUUUGAUGCCACGAGCGUCGCCUUCCCCGCAGGCUGGGCGAGCCGCCGCGACGUCAAGACCGGCGAGAGUCUGCGCAACGACGACGAGCGCAUCGUCUGGGACAAGUACGACCCAGACCGCCUGGACGGCAUGCCUGUGGGCCUGCAACUCGUCACUCCUCGGCACACCGAGGAGCUGGCCCUAAAGCUGACCCGGCUGGUCGUGGACGCCAUUGGAGAGCACCGUCAUUGA